AUGGCUGCUGGCGAUAGACAUGCGAUUCUAGUUACCGAGAGUGGGUGCGUGUUUGCGUUUGGAGAUAAUAAUUCAGGUCAACUGGGUUUAGGUCACACAGAGAAUGUUAAAAAAGUGUCCGAAAUAAAAUGUUUACGAUCUACAGAUGAGCAAGUACAACUCGCUGCCUGUGGCCGUGAAUCAUCUAUCGUGGCAACAAGUUCUGGCUCACUAUAUUCCUUUGGUUCGAAUAGUCAUGGCCAAUUAGGACUUGAAUUGAAUGAAUCGACCGUUAUUCAUCCAUCUCCAGUACGAAUCAAUUCAUUUCGAUCGAAAGUCUCGUGGAGACAAAUUGCAAUGGGUGCUGAACAUACAUGUGCGUUAACGGACGACGGAACAGUUUACAUAUGGGGCUCUAAUGAAGACGGUCAAUGUGGAUAUGCACUCAAAUAUGAUCAGAUAACAAGACCGAAAGAACUCCGUAUAGAUUACACUGUUGCUACGAUAUCAUGUGGAUACUAUCACACAGCAUUCAUUGCUGAUGACGGACGAUUAUUUUUGUUUGGUAAUAAUCAAGAUAGACAACUAGGACAUUCUAUGAAGGAUACAUGUAACGAUCCUUUAAAAGUCACUCUGCCCGAACCGAUUAGGAGUGUCGCUUGCGGAAAUCAGCAUACUAUUCUAAUGACACAAAGUGGGCAAAUUUAUGUUUCUGGACGAGGUGAUCGUGGUCAACUUGGCCUUGGCACUCGUGUACUCAGGACGGAGUGUUUUCGACCUAUCGAACGAAAGCUGCCAUCAAAAGUAAUAGCCAUUGCUGCUGGUGAAGGUCAUACAGCUAUUCUUGGUUCGCAAGGUGAUCUCUAUCUAUUUGGCGAUGGAAAACAUGGCAAAUUGGGCUCUGAAACACAAAGCAACGCAUUUAAACCAUGCACGAUCGAUCUUUUUGAAGAUUGUCAUGUCUUAGAUGUUGCUUGUGGUGGUUGUCAAACAUUAGUACUUGCUCAACAACGACCAUCAAUGAUCGAAGAUGACACUGAAAAUAUAAACGGCUCGCACUUAGAGCCUAAAAAAAGUUUCACACGCACAAGAUAUGGCUCUAAAAUAUCUACUCAGUCAUCCACAAGUCCCAAUUCUGAGCUUAAUGAAUCUGAUCAUGAUUUAGAUGAACUGUCUGCGUCAAGGACAAGUGCUUUGAUGAAUACUACACAUGUGGAAGUAGAUGGAGUACUGCGGCCAAUUGGUUUUAAAAGAAUACAAGAUUCGACACCGGUGAAAACGGGUGUUCUGAAUAAUUUAGUGCCACUUAACAGUGACAACCGUGAGUCUUCAGAAGCCUCUCAGUGCCAUCCAAAACCAAGACGAUCAAUGUCAGAAAGUACUUCCGAUGAUGAACACAUGAUACCAUUGAGUCUUACAACUCCUGUGAAAACAUUAACGAAUGACGAAUCAACUGGGCAGAACCGGCAAUUUGACAACGAUGAAUCUGAUUCGUCGACAACGAUCAGCCGUAGUUCGUCAGCUUCGUCUGAUGAAAACAAUGAAAGCAUACCCUUAGGCUCUGUCGAUGAUUUCCAUCAAAGUUUUUGUGCGCCUCAAAGAUUAAAACCGGAUGUCGAAGCAUGCAACCCAACAAACGUAACCAAAACUGAGUCUGGAUUCUUCUCCAGACUUUUUCGUACUAAUAAGUCACAAACGAGACCAAUCAACGAAGUGCAGAAUUCCAGAACUUGUACUAUUCUCUAA